AUGGGCCACAGUGAAGAUGACCUGAUCGGGAUUCCAUUCCCCAACCACAGCAGUGAUGUCCUGUGCUGCCUUAACGAACAGCGCCGAACCGGGUUACUCUGUGACGUGGUGCUCAUCGUACGUGGCCAGGAGUAUCAGACCCACCGCUCUGUCCUCGCCGCCUGUAGCCAGUAUUUCAACAAGCUCUUCACCGUGGCCUCAGACGGAGGGGACAAGCACGGGGUGUAUGAGAUAGACUUCGUGGCCCCCGAGUCGCUGACGGCCAUCUUGGAGUUCGCCUACACGUCUACGCUGACGGUGACGGCGUCCAACGUGAAGGAAAUUCUUGGAGCGGCUCAGAUGCUGGAGAUCCCCUGCAUUGUCAACGUCUGUCUGGAGAUUAUGGACUCUGGCAAGGGAGGAAGAGGAGGAGGAGGAGGAGGAGAGGGAGAUGAGGAAGAGGAGGAGGAGGAGGAGGAGGAGGAAGAGGAAGAGUCGAGGAAGGACGAGCAGGAGGUUCAUGAGGAGGACAACGCCAGUGAGUGGUCAACGAGGUCAUCAGAGAGUCAGGACCAGGUCGGGUCAGAGAGAGAAGUACCACCAAGUCCACCCAGUACCUCCCAGUACCAGCACCAGUACGAGCUGCAGAGGAACAGGAAGUGCACAGACACAGACUCCCAGUGUGAGAAACCCAGGCGGGAGCAUGAACGCAUGGAGAGCCGAGCCCUCAAGGACUUUUCCAUUGAGUCUCUGCUACAGGAAGGGCUGUACCCUAAACUACCAGCAGUCCUGGACAGGAGGGCCAACUUUUCCCCUCUGCACCCCGGCUACUACCCUCCCAUGUGGGCUGCAGAGUUCCAAGGAUUUCCCCCGCAGGUCCCAGACCCCAACCACAACCCCAGCCACCACGCCCAGACCCCGCCCCUCCGCCCCUCCUCCCACCCCCCUCAACUGGACAACCGACCCUUAGACCUGGCCGUGAAGAGAGAGGUCAUCAAGGAGGAGCUGAAGGAGGAAGUCCCGCCCAGCAUGCUUCACGGUGACUUCCUGAAAGACUUAAUGACCUCCGGCCUGGGGAUGGGGUCUGAGGGGCCUCGCCUCCACCCGGGUCAGAUAAAGCACGAGGAAGACUUCCGGUCCUACCUGAGCUUCCUGAGAGCAUCGAGCCACCUGGGGGCGCUGUUCCCUCCCUGGCAGAUGGAGGAGGAGAGGAAGAUGAAGCCGAAAGCAUCCCAGCAGUGUCCCAUCUGUAACAAGGUGAUCCAGGGGGCGGGGAAACUACCCAGACACAUGAGGACUCACACAGGAGAGAAACCAUACAUGUGCACCAUCUGUGAGGUGCGCUUCACCAGGUAUGACAAACUCUCUUCAUACUGUACCAUCUUCUGCAAGAUUAUAAAAAGCCAAUAAACACAGUACUGACACAUACAGUAUCCAUUAGUGAUGCCGCGUAUGUGGAGAAGUGGAUAAGGGAUUAGGUAAAAGUGUUGCCUGAUCAUAUUCUAAUAUAAUUAUCAAAAUGCCUACAUGUAGAACAAGAUAACAAUCAUUAACAUCUGACAUUGAGAGGGGUAUUAUGGGUGUGUUUUUGUGGUUAAGGCAUUUAAUUUGUAUCCUCUCAUCUGAAUAUCAUCCGAGACCUAAGAAGUGGAAACCCCCUGUCUUUCUUUCUAGUCACUUCCUGCCUCUGCUCUGGCACGAUAGUUUCACCUGGCACAUUUAGUACAUACCCCAGAGUAUACCCACCAACAAUGCUUUAAUCUCUGAUACAUCUUUCAAAACACAUACUUGAAAGGACAACCCCUUGAAAAAUAUAUAUAUUUUGACCUCAAUGGGACAACCUGGUAAAAUAAAGGUGAACUAAAGUAAAUCAUAUAAAAUCCUAUUUUUUCUAUUCAGGCAAGACAAGCUGAAGAUCCACAUGCGGAAGCACACUGGUGAACGGCCCUACAUCUGCCUCCACUGCAACUCCAAGUUUGUCCACAACUACGACCUGAAGAACCACCUGCGUAUCCACACAGGGGUGCGACCCUACCAGUGUGAGCACUGCUACAAGAGCUUCACGCGCUCAGACCACCUGCACCGCCACAUCAAGAGGCAGAGCUGCCGCGUCUCACGCCCUCGACGGGGCCGCAAGCCCGCUGCCUGGCGCUCAGCCAACAACUUCCUGCAGGGUCCUCUGGGUUCGGCCAAUCACAACGAGGACGGCAAGGGGCAGGGUCUGUCUAAGGGUGGCUGCCGACUCCUGCCCUCCUCCCACAGAGGCGUUAGAGGUCAUGGUCUGGGCCUGGGGGAGAGAGAGAGACGGGCCCUGGGUCUGGGUGGCAAGGGCCUGGGCUAUAAGGACUUGAACAGUGACAGCAGAGAGAGCCAGGAGGGCAGGGAGGGCAGGGAGGGCCGGGAGGCUCGGCAUCACUGGUCAGACAGGAAACAUGUGGUUGACGAGGUGGAGCUGAAGAGACAGAGGGGCGUGUUCACCUUUGCCCUGGCGGGGCCUGGGGGGGAAGUCCUUACCCACCCUCCAUUUUACACCCCGACCCCUGACCCCUGGACCAUGAGACUGGAGAACCACGCCUCUCCCAUCCCUGAGCCGGCCAACUGA